CACCUAACCCAUCAAUACCAUCGGACAUCACCAUCACGUUACUGCUGCACUUCACUGGAAUUAUCACAUUAUUGAGGAGUCGGUAUAUUCCGUCCACUAAUCCAUUUCCAUCUAACCUUCAGAUGCAGUUUGGAGUGGGAAGGUGAACAUAGCUACUUUUCUAUUCUUCGCAACGGUUGAUCAACUUAUUAUUCCACGAGUGGUACGGAGUCUAUAUUGGGAUUGUGCUGCAACUGGUUUAUGCCACUUCAUUCCACAACUGGUGUUUUUGCAGGAGAGAGUUUUAACUCUUUGGUGACACACUUGUGCAAUGGAUGGUCAAGCAGUGAAGUGUGUGAGAGAGGUGGGACUAGAUGACAUAAUCCAUGCAGGCUUACCACCCCACAGGGCAGAGGUUUUUUACAGGCAACUUCAAGCAGCCAUUGCAGACAUUGGGGGGUCACCAACCUCGCUGUGGCAGAGAGUUUCAAAGGAGCUUUUGACACCUUAUUACCCGCAUACUCUGCACCAGCUCAUGUAUUAUUCCAUUUAUAAAGAUUGGGACACUACCAAGAAUGGACCACCCCUUUAUUGGUUCCCUACCCAAGAAUCGGCUAGACUCACAAAUCUGGGACGUAUGAUGGAAGCCCAUGGACCACAGCUUUUGGGAUCAUCUUAUUAUAAUCCUAUCACAAAUUUUCAAUCAUUUCAGCGGUUCUCUGUAGAUCAUCCAGAGGUUUAUUGGUCACUUGUUCUUAAGGAAUUAUCAGUUGUCUUCCAUAAAACACCUAGGUGCAUUCUUGAUACCAGUGACAAGUCCAGACCUGGUGGGAUUUGGCUGCCUGGUUCAGUUCUAAAUGUUGCUGAAAGCUGCCUCUCAACGAAAGAGAGUAUAAAUAAAACAGACAAUACCAUAGCUAUUGUUUGGAGAGAGGAAGGUCGUGAUGAAUAUCCUUUGAAUAAGAUGACAUUGAGAGAAGUACGCACUAGAGUGAUGCGAAUCGCAAAUGCGCUUGAUGCAGUAUUUACAAAGGGUGAUGCAGUUGCAAUAGACAUGCCCAUGACUGUAAAUGCAGUGCUUAUAUACUUGGCACUGGUUCUUGCAGGGUAUGUGGUUGUAUCAAUAGCAGACAGUUUCGUUCCGAAGGAAAUUGCAACUCGUAUUCGAGUUACAAAAGCAAAGGGCAUUUUUACCCAGGAUUUCAUAUUGAGAGGUGGUAAGAGAAUUCCUUUGUACAGCCGAGUUGUUGAGUCUGGUGCUCCCAAGGCAAUUGUUAUUCCUGCUCUGGAGCAAUUGGGAACCCAACUAAGAGAAAAUGACAUAGCAUGGAGCAAGUUCCUUUCAUUUGCAGACUGUUGUCAAAGCCCAGAGUAUUAUUCACCUGUUUGUGAGACCAUAGAUGCAACAACAAAUGUUCUGUUUUCCUCUGGCACAUCAGGUGAACCAAAGGCCAUUCCAUGGACACAUGUACCACCAAUUAGGUGUGCGUCAGAGUGUUGGUCACACCUGGAUGUUAAAGCUGGAGAUGUAUUUUGCUGGCCAACAAACUUAGGGUGGGUCAUGGGACCGGUUUUAAUCUAUUCAUGUUUUCUUAGCGGUGCUACAGCAGCUAUCUAUGAGGGAUCUCCUCUUGGUCGGGGUUUUGGAAAAUUUGUUCAGGAUGCAGGGAUAACUGUGCUAGGUACAGUACCAAGUAUGGUAAAGACAUGGAAGAGCACUGGUUGUAUGGAAGGGCUUGAUUGGUCUCAUAUAAGGACUUUUUCCUCUACAGGGGAGGCCUCUAGUAUUGAUGAUGACUUAUGGCUGAGUUCCAAAAGUUGGUACAAGCCAGUGAUAGAGAUCUGUGGCGGUACAGAACUUUCAGCUUGCUUUGUCCAUGGCUCAUUAUUGCAGCCACAGGCUUUAGCAACAUUUAGCAUACCCACAAUGACAACAGGAUUUGUGUUAUUUGAUGACCAACAAAUCAUUUAUCCAAAUGAUCAACCUUGCAUUGGUGAGAUAGGAUUGUUUCCUACGUUCUUUGGAUCAUCAUAUACAUUGCUCAAUGCAGAUCAUGAUGCUGUAUACUUCAAAGGAAUGCCAGUAUACAAAGGAAUGCGUCUAAGAAGGCAUGGUGAUAUGAUUGAGCGCAUGGUAGGAGGAUACUACAGAGCACAUGGUCGCGCUGAUGACACUAUGAAUCUUGGUGGCAUCAAGACCAGUGCCAUUGAGAUCGAACGGGUUUGCAAUAGAGCUCAUGAACAAGUAUUAGAAACUGCUGCCAUCAGCGUAUCAACUCCAGGAGGUGGUCCAGAACUACUUGCUAUAGUUGCAGUUUUGAAGAAUGGACACACUGUUAGCAUGGAUACGUUGAAAAUGUCCUUCUCAAAAGCCAUUCAAAGUAACCUAAAUCCUUUGUUUAAGGUGAGCUUUGUCAAAGUUAUUUCCGACUUCCCUCGUACAGCAUCUAAUAAAAUUUUGAGGAGAGUUCUGCGGGACCUGGUAAAGCAAGAAUUAUCUGUUCAAAAAAGCAGGUUAUGAUAAAGAUUGCUAUGCCUACACAACAUAGCGACUUCCCUUAAUAGAUUAACUUUUUUAAUAUUAUAUAACAUAUUCACAUGUUUUUGUGUCAUAUUACAGUUUCUUAUGAACAUGUCAAAGCUAAAUCACAAUAAGUUGUCA